AUGCAAUCAAACAGUGGAAACAAUGUAACAUUCAAUGAUAAUAAUUCAGCUUGUCAGGCUAAAGAUUCUGACACAAGUAUUGCUUGCGAGGAAACGACAAGCUUGGAGAUACUUAAUGAAUUUAAGAAAGUAUAUGAAAAAAGAAUUGCUAGCAUUGAUCCCAAUGAUGUCAAUAAGUCGGAGCACAAGAUUAAAAUAAUGACGGAGUGGAUUACAGAUUUAGAUGCACAAAAUACAAUGCUGGUACGUACAAUUGAAGAGUUGGAAGAAGCUGCAUGUUGCCGGGUUAAGAUGCUUGAGGAAAAAUUGAAGCAUACGUCAUUUGUGUUGUCUGAAAAUAUGUCCGGCUACUCCAAACCUUCACAACAGAAUCUUAAUGAAUUAACGGAUAGAAUAAAUCAGCUGGAAAGAGAUGAAAAAAUAUUGCAACAAAGAAUCCAAUAUCUGCAGAGUGAUAUUAGAGGACUGCUGGAAUUAAUACGACGAGCGCAAGUUGAAAAUUGUUGGAGACUCGAUGGAAUUAAUUUCUUUGAAAUAAGACCCAGUGACAUUCCACUUUCGAGCGACUGUGCAUAUGAUCAGGUAAAUGGAUGGUCGAAUACUGACAAGAAAGUACGAUUUAUUAUAGAGUUUGGUGGUCCUGUAGCUAAUAUGUGUCCAUCUUCAGUUGCUUUAUGCGUCUGCGAUACUGAAUCUAACAGUCCGGACUUUUAUGAUAAUAAAUUUUAUUACUUACCUUUUAUUAUUAUAAAUCAAUUUCAUUCAAUAGCGAUGAAAGAAGACUACAAGACUAUUGAAUUCACAAAGAACCGGCUGCAUUUCGAUAAAAAUAGGAAAAAAUCAUUAGAAUAUCCAGAAGAGUUAGAAAAAAAAGUCGAUUAUUUAAAUAAGAAAUUAAAAAGUAGAGAUAAAGUGAUACAUAAAUCCGUUUGCAAAUUUCAAGUUUUAAAAGAGAGUUUAUUAAAUAAUUCAACAGUCAAUCCUGAGUUCAAAGAUGAUAUUAUUAAAGUAUUAGACACUGUAAAAAAUGAAUUAAUAGAUGAAAAAUAUAUUGAAAAUUUACAAGAUAAAGCACUUAGUGAUAGUACCGUCCAGAUUGACAAUAACGUCGACACUUUAAAACUUAAAAAUCAAUUAGAUGAAAAAAUGAGAGAGAUUUCACGACUGAACCACCAAUUAAAUUGUUUAGAAAAAGAAUCAGUAGAGUCUAGAGAAGCAUUGACGGUAGAAGUAGCUGAAAAACAUGAUUUAAUUAUGAACCUUAAAGACCAAGUUACUUAUUUAGAAGAACAAUUCCGACAAGCAAAUAUACAACUUCAAUUUAAAAAUAAUAUUAUUAAAGAAAUGCGCAAAGAUUUAGUUUCAAAGCCUCAUGAAUUGACUCCCUAUUUUAUCGGAAACGAUAAUAAAAUUAUUGAUAAUUUGUCGGGCAAUAUUUACUCGAGUCAGUAUUGGAAAUUCGCGACUUCGAUGAAACAAGAUAAAUUUAACAAUAAUAAUGAUCAUUUUUCAAACGGUUCGAUUGAAAAUUUUCUAGAAAUGAAAGCUAAACAAGAGUACAUUGAAGAUAAAUUACGAAAACGUGUUAAAAAUUACGCUGAUAAAAUAAUUAUAGAAACAGCAUCGAAAUUUCUAAGUAGAAAAUCUUAUAACAAUAGCAAAAAUAAACGCUCUAAAAAUACCCUUGUCAACGAUAAUGCGCUUUCAGGUACACCAAGGAAAGUUAAUUCUAAUGCACUUGCAGAGAAAAUUAGUUGGAGUGAUGAUAUGUCCGACGAAGGGUCCAAUAAAAACGGAGCUAAGGACAAAUUAUUGCUGAAUAUCAUGAAUUUUAAAUCUACUUCGAAAGAAGAAUAUCGUGUUAUAAUGGAUACAAAGAAAGAACUCGGAAAUAUUUUAAAUUUUAUAAAUGAAAUGGAAAAAAAAAAAAAUCAAGUUGUUACAGAGAGAGUGAAUGAAAAUAUUAGUGACGCAGUUUCAGAAACUAAGAUUGAAUGUACAAAUUUGGACGAAUACAAUAAUGAACUAAUUAAUAACGCUGAUAAAUUAACACAAAUUAUUACAACACUAUCUAAACUAUGUAUAGACAAAAAUGAAGGCUUUCUUCAACUUGAGUUUGCUCUACAGGGUAUUCACGAGAAAAAUGAGCGACUCAGUCAUUUAGAAUUAAAUGAAAAAAUAUUAGACAUUCCAGAAAUAAAUAGACAGCAAUUUAACGCCAUGGAAGAAUUUAGAAUUUGCACAGUCUGCGCGCAGGCUGCGACAGAAGAUUUAAGAGAAGAAAUGAGUAAUGUUAUAUGCAACUUAUACUGUCGGCACCAAUUAUUCGUUGAUCUAGGAAAAUCCAUAAGAAAAACAAAUGAAGUAUUUAGUAAGGCAAAAGAAAAUUUAUCGACUGUGAUAAAAUAUUUACAAGUUCAAGUAGAAGAGAAGACUGUUAGUAAAAAUACUAUUGCUGCAAGAGAAAUAAAGCUGAAGGAUAUUAAGAAUGAUGUUAAUGAAACACGUGCCAAAUUCAUCAGUUCAACGACUGAUGAACAUCAACAAAGAGAAAAUUGCGAAAAUGAAACUGCCAAUACGGAUGCUGAAAUCUGUGAUAGAUUACUCAAUAAAGCCAUUGACGAAGUUGACUAUAUAUUGUGUAAUUUAGGUAUUUUCAUUUCAAAAGAGGAUUACGCUGUUAUCCUUUUGACGGGAUUGAAUGAUCAAUUGCAGUGCGUUGAAGAAAAUCUUGCGGAAUUAUCCAGUCACAUUGAUCGAGUACUGCAAGAUAAUGAGGCAGCUCAAGUGACAUUCGAUGAAAAAGGAAAAAGAUUAGAUAAACUAGAAAGAGAAUUAGAUUACGCACAUACUAAAAUGCAGGAAGCUUUAGAGAGUAUUGUAUCAAUAAGUCAACAGCAUGAUAAUGAAAAUUCUUCAGAUAAUAGUAAUAAUUCGAUUAAUAAUGAAAACGAUAAAAUAGUUUCAAAUGAAGAUAAAGAAUAUUUACAAUCAACUAGCAGUGAUAAUGAUGAAUUGGAUCAACUUAAAAAUUCAUUAUGUUCCAAGGACAAACUCCUUGAGCAUAAAGAAGAAAUAAUUCGUAUUCAAAAAAAUUCAAUUGAGAUGACUCGAGACGAGCUGCAAAGUUUACAUCAAAGAUUACAGUCAAAGGUCGAUGAACAAACUGCAGUUAUAAAUCAAUACUGGCAAGAUCGAAAUAAUUUAUUAGAACAGGUUUGCAUACUUUUAGAUACUAAACUACAGAAUCAAACGAUAAAGCACUUACAAGACGCUAUUGUUAAAGCUAAGAAAAAUUUAAAUUGUCAGCAACAGCCACAAAAAUCAACAAUCGAUUUGACUGUAGGUGACGUAUGGAGUCCAAUUACACCGACUGUGUUCAAUAACGAUGACGUUCAUGACAUUUAA